AUGCGUACAAUUGCAGAGCUUACCAGUGGUAACAGUAUGACUGCGCUAGGAUAUGGUGAUACCAGCAAAAGGGUUCCUAAAGAAAGAGCUGGUUCAAACAGCAAAAUGUUUGAGGCAAUUUUCCAGAUCUUGAAGGAAGAGAAUUCAUUAGAACUGAUAAUGUCAAGUUAUCAGCUUCUAAAUGAGCUAGAUAAGCCUCGCGUGUAUACAUCCAAAGUGGAAUUAUCAAAAUUACCUUCAGCUAGUAAUGCUCCUGAAUUAGAUAUGGUUGAAGAGCCCAAUCCAGACCCCCGAAUUCAUGCACCUACAAUUGCAAAAGUCCUUCUCAAGUCUAGAGGCUUCUUCACGAAAGUCUUUCUGAAUGACAUUGAUGCAGCAGAUGUUGAUAAUGAAUUGGCAGUUGUGAAGUAUGUUGAGGACAUCUACAAGUUCUACAAGUUAACAGAGGACCGAGCAACAACUAAUUCGGUUUUUUGCAAACCAAGAUCAAUUGGUAUAGUGGGUGAGGCCAAGAGUGCCCAGCUGAUAGGUCAAGCUAUUGCCAAUAAUCCGGCAUUUAUUACCCCAAGGAAGAUUGAAGCUGCUAGAGAAAUUGCACAUACAAUCUCAAAUUCAGCCAACAAGGUUUUCUUGACUUCAGAUGAACUGUUGUUGAACCUUCAGGAGACAAACUUGGGGACCUCCACUGGGCAGAAGUAA